AUGGACGCGGAGAACGGCAGGAUAAUGCAAGUGUGCUCUACCGGCCUGAGUUCUUAUUGUGAAACUCCGAAAAGUUCCAGAACGUCGAAAGCGCACUCGUUUGUCAUCAUGCCACGGGCGCCGCGUCGCCGCUCUAUCCGCACACACAAUUUUCCCUGUUUUUGCCGUUUCGUGCCGCGCUCCUCGGCCACUUCUCGCGCCCCCUACGGUUUGCACUAUGUUUCGCCUCACUCACAUUUCUCGCACGAUCCGUUUCUCAAUGCAACCCAGUUCUUGAUCCCCGUCGCAUCGGUAAGAGUCGAAACUCUUAGUUUUGAAAAAUCGAAGACUUCUCCGUGAAAGUCCCUAUCCGUUGUUCUGUUAGACGUGAGUUAGGUCAGAUAACGUCGCGGGCUGGUCUCUGCGUCUUCCGAGCCUGGCUUCUGCGAAACAGACAAGCCGUUCGCCGCCUUUGUCGCAACUAACUGCAUCCGAACCGGGCCUAGGUGCGUGCCUUUCUCACUCUUUCUCUUUCUCUCCCUUCUCUUCUACUCUCUGUCUGUUUCUCCGGCCGGUCGAUCCGUCGUCCGUCCGUCCGAGGCGUCCGUUCAUCCAACCGUCCGUCCGUGAGAUGCGUUUUGUGUGUUGGUGAGCGAAUGAGGAGAGUGUCUUUCUGUGUAUACGCGGCCAAAGUGAGGAGUGUAUGGGAAGAGAGUGCGUGUCUCUGUGUGCGUGGUGUGUGUCAAUGUGGUGUGUGUCGAUGGAACAGACACCGAGCAUCGAUCGAUGGUAUUACGUGUCCACGGUUGCAUUUUUCGACCGCAUUCUCUUUCUCUUACCGCCGAUUAUCGCUUCUCUACAAGAACAACAUGCGCCGCGGCGUCUGAUAACCGAAUCGCCCCUCAACCGUCACCAUUGCCCAACUGUUCACAACAGUAAACUAGUUGGUGUCGGACGCCGCCUAGCACUUCUAGCGCCUCGCCCUGUUCGCAAAACUUUACAUUUCGAUGAGGCUUGUGAUGAAAUGAUGAAAGCUACGCCGCGAUGAAUCAUCAAUUUUGGCACUGAAUCAUCAUCUCUUUCAUAUUUUUCUUUCUCCGUUCCGCCCACCCUUUUCUCACAAUACGUUUUCAUUUCAGAAUCAAAGCAUCAUGUCGGGCUGGGACGAUUACGUGUCGCUGAUCUUCAAGAAGAGCACUGCCGUCAAGAGAGCUGCCAUCAUCGGAAACGACGGAUCAGUCUGGGCCAAGAGCCAGAGCCCCAACGAGUUCAAGGUAUGCUUUCGAGAGAACGAGCGAUAAUAACUGUGAACUGAACUAUUUCCAGGUAAACGACGCGGAGCUGAAGAAGUUCGCCGCCCUGUUCCACGACAUCAACUCGGUCCCGGGCACUGGAGCUGACCUGGAAAACGUAGGAAGCUCCUCGUUCAUGGAGUUGUUUUAGAAAGUCCGUUUCAGAUCCACUACAUCGUGCCGCGUGUCGAGGAGAAGUUCAUCUUCGGAAAGAAGGAGCAGACCGGAUUCUUCGCCGUCCAGACCAACCAGGGUAAGACACUAUGCAAGAAUCCAAGUCCUUACUCUUCCCUUUACAGCCAUCGUCAUCGCCAUCUACGAGGGAGACAACGCCAUGUCUUCUGGAGUCCGUGCUGCCGUCGAGUACCUCGGCCAGUACCUGUCGUCCGCUGGAUAUUAG